UGACACACGCAUACACCCACAAAAGAUAUAUAUAAUAAAUACAGACAUUCAGAAUUAAAGAGAGGAGAAAAUUAUUAUAAUUAGAUUUGAAGAACCCUUUACAAAACAUUUGAUUCUUUUCCAAAUCUCAUCCAUUUAUGAUGGCUUCGAACUCCAUAGCUUCAAGACCAUCCUCUUUGUUGACGAGAAAUUUUAAGAAUUAUAGUGCUCGUGGUUCUGCUAUCUGCUGCGGCCCCAUAAAAUCCGUCAAUUUUCAAAGUCCCAUCACUCCAUUUUUUUCCAAAUUUUGUUUGAAGAAUGGGCCAACAAUUUCUUCAUCUGUUUCGGCUAAGGCCUCCUCUCCAUCAACUUCUCCUUCUACGAGUGUUCAGUCCCCAGAACUGAAGAUUAAGACUAUGCCCACAAGGCCAAUUGAGGGUCAGAAGACUGGUACAAGCGGCCUUAGGAAGAAGGUGAAAGUUUUCAUGCAAGAUGAUUACCUCGCCAAUUGGAUUCAGGCAUUGUUUGACUCACUGCCUCUGGAGGAUUACAAGAACGGAACUUUGGUCUUAGGAGGUGAUGGUAGGUACUUUAACCUGGAGGCUGCACAGAUUAUUAUUAAAAUCGCCGCUGGCAAUGGUGUUGGAAAAAUCUUGGUUGGCAAGGAUGGUAUAAUGUCUACACCAGCUGUUUCUGCUGCUGAUGGUGGUUUUAUAAUGAGUGCAAGCCAUAAUCCCGGUGGUCCAGAUUAUGAUUGGGGAAUCAAGUUCAAUUAUAGCAGUGGCCAACCUGCUCCCGAGUCGAUAACGGAUAAGAUUUAUGGAAACACUCUUUCUUUUGGCAUCUCUAUUUUACUCGCCUUAAGUGUCAUGCAGAUAUCUGAAAUAAAAAUUGGAGAUAUUCCCGAUGUCGAUCUCUCUCAUCUCGGUCAAAUAGACUAUGGAACUUUUAGUGUGGAGGUAGUCGAUCCUGUAGCUGAUUAUCUGGAGCUCAUGGAGGUCAGCAAUUCGCUAUUCAAUGUUUUCUUAAACAGAUUAUUUUCCUUUCACUUUUUCUGCAAAUCAACAUUUUCGCAAGAUCUCCUGCAGAACGUAUUUGAUUUUUCGCUUAUCAGGAGCCUUCUUUCGCGGUCAGAUUUCAGGUUUAUAUUUGAUGCCAUGCAUGCUGUUACUGGUGCUUAUGCUAAGCCGAUCUUUGUGGACAAGCUGGGAGCUAGCUUAGAUUCUAUAAUGAAUGGAGUGCCUUUAGAAGAUUUUGGACAUGGCCAUCCAGAUCCUAAUCUCACAUAUGCUAAGGACUUGGUCAACAUAAUGUAUGGAGAGAAUGGUCCGGAUUUUGGUGCUGCAAGUGAUGGUGAUGGUGAUAGAAACAUGAUUCUUGGAAAAGGGUUUUUUGUGACUCCUUCAGAUUCCGUCGCAAUUAUUGCCGCCAAUGCACAGGAAGCUAUCCCUUAUUUCAAGACCGGUCCAAAGGGUUUGGCUCGUUCGAUGCCAACAAGUGGUGCUUUGGACCGUGUGGCUCAGCAAUUGGAUCUAGCAUUUUACGAGGUGCCCACUGGUUGGAAGUUUUUUGGGAAUCUAAUGGAUGCAGGAAAGUUGUCAAUUUGUGGGGAAGAAAGUUUUGGAACAGGAUCUGACCAUAUCCGCGAGAAAGAUGGGAUAUGGGCUGUUUUAGCUUGGUUGUCAAUAAUUGCAUAUAAAAACAAGGACAAGAAAGUUGGGGAGAAGUUGGUUUCUGUAUCUGAUGUUGUGACGGAGCAUUGGGCUACAUAUGGAAGAAAUUUCUUUUCUAGAUAUGAUUAUGAGGAAUGUGAAUCCGAAGGUGCCAAUAAAAUGAUGGAGUAUCUUAGAGAUUUAAUUUCUAACAGCAAGACGGGAGACAAAUAUGGAGGUUAUACUCUUCAGUUUGCUGAUGACUUUACCUACACCGAUCCCGUUGAUAGAAGUGUGGUUUCUAAGCAGGGCAUUCGUUUUGUAUUCACGGAUGGGUCCAGGAUCAUUUUCCGUUUAUCAGGAACUGGGUCAGCUGGUGCAACUGUUCGGAUAUACAUCGAACAAUUUGAGCCGGAUGCAUCCAAACAUGACGUGGAUGCACAAAUUGCAUUGAAACCUUUGAUUGAUUUGGCACUAUCCACUUCGAAGCUGAAGGAAUUCACUGGCAGGGAGCAGCCAACUGUUAUCACAUAGAGCCAAAAAUAACUUUGUGAGUGGAAAAUUUUCAAUGUGUUGAGAUGAUGCCUGGUUGGGCUCUUCGUUUGAUUCUAUGAGUAUUAAUAUUGAAUCUGUUAAUUUUGAUUCAUGUGUAACAUAGGUAUGCAUUCUCGUAUACUUGUUUCUAUGGCUUUUACCAUUUGAACCAUUCUCGUGAUAAAAACAACCAAUAAGGUUAGUCAAUCUGGCACUGUUUGGAUGUUAGUGGAUUAGUGUUAAAUUAGUGUUAAUUUUUCGAUUUUGUGCAUUAUGUAGCGCGGAUAUGAGUGUGUAAAGUUUAACCAAAAACGAAAAAACAACUGAAACCAACCACAAUAAAGUUUUGGUCCAGUUCUUUA